CGCGCGCGCGCCGCUGGAUAUGCUCGUCUCCGGUGACGCGAGUGGAUGCUGUGAUUGAUUGAGGAAUCUGAUGAAAUAUAAAGAAACUUGAAGAUUUGAGGACACGACGCGGAUUCAUGAUGGAGGACAUCAACAACGCGGGAAUGAGGAGGAGCGGCAGGAGCUGAGCUUUGGUCAGACACACACACUGAGGCCACUGAUGGUGUUCCUGCUGUCCAUGGAGGGUGUGAAUCCCUCGUUCGUCUCCAUCAACCUGUCGUCCACGCCGGCCGCGUCCCCCACACCGCUGCUGUGCCAGCUGGAGGUGUCCUCAGCUGCCGCCGGGCUGCAGAGUAACGCGUCUGUGCCUGCGCCGGUGCCUGCGUAUGAGCUAACGCCGGCGGAGCUGACGCUGCUAGCGCUGCUGUUCUCCGUCUGCUGGCUGAUCUCGGUGCUGGGGAACUCGCUGGUGUGUCUGGUGAUCCACCGCAGCCGCAGGACUCAGUCCACCACCAACUACUUUGUGGUGUCGAUGGCGUGCGCGGACCUGCUGCUUAGCCUAGCGUGUGCGCCGCUGCUGCUGCUGCAGGUGUGUGCAGGUCGCUGGCCGCUUCCCGCCGCCGUGUGUCGAAUCCUGCGCUUCCUGCAGCAUCUGUGCCCCGGCGUGCAGGUCUACGUGCUGCUGUCCAUCUGCGUCGACCGCUUCUACACCAUCGUGUACCCGCUCAGCUUCAAGGUGUCCCGCGAGAAGGCUAAACGCAUGAUAUUAGCAUCGUGGCUCUUCGACGCUGCGUUCGUAUCGCCGUGUCUGUUCUUCUACGGAUCGUCACCAUCUCCGAAUCACUGCGAGUUCUUCAUAGCCGACAGCUGGGACGGGCUAGCGUACGCCAUCGCGCAUUUGCUGUUUGGGUUUCUAGUGCCGGCGAUACUCAUCGUGUCGUUCUACCAGCGCGUGGUGCGCUACAUCUGGAGGAUUAGCGCUGACGGCCGGACGCUGCGCAGGACUAUGAACAUCGUGCCCAGGACUAAAGUUAAAACCAUCAAGAUGUUCCUGAUGCUGAACGCUAUGUUCCUGCUCAGCUGGAUGCCGUUUUACGUGGCGCAGCUGUGGCACCCGCGGGGCUCCGGCAGGCAGGGGGCGCUGUUCUUCAUCACCGUCACCUGGAUCUCCUUCAGCUCCACCGCCUCCAAACCCACGCUCUACUCCGUCUACAACGCUAACUUCAGACGCGGCAUGAGGGAGACCUUCUGCAUGUCGUCUAUGAAGUGUUACCGUAGUAACGCGUACACCAUUACCGCCAGCUCGCGGAUGGCCAAGAAAAACUACGUGGGCGUCGUGGAUCUGCCCGUGCCGCCCAAAACCCUCAUCAAAGACUCCGUUUACGACACUUUCGACAGAGAAGCGAAGGAGAAGAAGCUAGCGUGGCCGAUUAGCACAAACCCACCCAACACAUUCGUAUAAACUCAACACCCGAGGUGUCGUACAGGAGUAGAAGCGAGCGGUUUCACGACGACACCAUCCCUUCAGGUGUUGCGCACAUCUGCAAUAUUUGAGUGGAGUUUAAUGCGCAACGUUUGUGGGAGAGUCUGCGCAUGUCAGGAGCGCUGGGAGUGUUGCGAGCGCAGAAGCUGAAAGCCUGCGGUGCUAGCCAAUCCCGCGCGCGGAUCCUGACAGCACAGCGUUUGUGUGUUUGUGUUCUCCUGUUUGUGCGUCCGCAGGGUCAGUGUGUUGAUCUGCGCUUGUGUUCUUCUCCUGCUCGUCUGUACAGGUCGACUUUGUCUCAUAGAUGUGUGUGUGCGUGUGUGUGUGU